ACCAGGGAGAAGGAGUUUUAGCUGCCGGAGCCAGCGCUUAUUGACCGAGCUCACCCCGGCCGUUGUGCUCAUCGCCCACCACGGACGCGAGCGAAAAGCCACCGUGAUUCGCUCCCGGAUGCUGCGCCACCACAUCGAGAAGCUCGAGGACCCGCCUUAUUUGCCGAAAUGCCUGGAUUGAGGACGUGCAGUCGCCACCGGAGCCACGCCGCUGCACCACCCAACCACGGGAUGCACCAGAUCUAACGGGAAAGAACUGGUGGCCUACUCCAAGACGCCACUACGGGACCACUAAACCUACCUACAUCUACUUCGGCGCCUUUCCCUCGCCAUCUCCGGCCGGCUGCACCGCCGGAGAGGGGUCGGGAUCCGCCCGGCUUGCUAGGGAUGCCUUUCAAGCUACUGAGAGAAGGGGGAAAUGAGGGCUACGUAUCAAUUUGUUGAUCUCCAGACCCGUCAACACCCAACAAGGAACAGCUCCUCGGGAACCAAACACUGAAACACCAAGAAUCAUUACGCUUGUGCUCGUCCACCGGUCACUUCAUCUCUUUCCCAGAAUUCCCUAUUUCCUCAUUUCAAGAAAAAAAAAUACUUCCCCUCUUCCUGUUCCGCCUCCUUGAACAUCACUGCCACUCGGAACGGACAUGUUGAGCGCCGCGCCCGCCGCACGCGAUGCCUUGCUCCUCUUCCUCCUCUUCCUCUUCCUCCUCCUCCUCCUCCUCUGACAACAACGAUGACCCUGACUACCGCGUCGACUCCUCCGACGACAACCCAGACUGCUGCGCCACCAUCCCCGACAACGACAAGGGAAACUACGCCGCUGACGCCGUCCUCCCUAUUCCUGCCGACGCCGAGGGCGUCGUCUCACACCUACGCACGCAGGACAAGGUCGACGCGGUGUGCAAGAAGUACGGCGUCCCCAUGGAUCAGUACACAGUGCGCCCCGCCGGCGACCUGCGCGCGAGCUCGCUCCCGCCACCGGGUGCCAUCUGCGUGUACACACAGGCGUUGGAGGCCGGGAUGCGCGUCCCGCUGCACCCAUUCUUCUGCGACGCGCUCGACCACUUCGGCAUCGCGCCUACCCAGGUCGCACCCAACGCAUGGCGCAUCAUGGCUGGAUUCGUCGUGCUCUGCUACUACGCGGGCGUGCCGCCGUCGCUAGGGGUGUUCCGGCACUUCUUCCUUCUGUCCAACCACAAGAGCAGCUGGUACUUUUUCCGAUCCAAAGACACCUCUGGCCUGCGCUUUGCGGGGAUGCCGGAUUCCAUCAAGGGUUGGAAGCACGGCUUCUUCUUCCUCUCGUCGUCGACGCCGUGGCCUUGCCCAGUGCUGUGGGGCAAGCCUUCAAAGAGCUCCUUGGUGGAACCGGUGCUCACCGGCGAGGAGAAGAGAUCGGCAGCUAUUCUGCUGCGUACUCACGGCGCCGCCCCCGUUGAUCUCAGGACGUAUCUUCGCGACAGCAGUCUUGCCGCCGCCAAGAUAUCUCUCCCAUCGCCGGCACCGGCGACGCCUCCGCCGGGGCCCUCUUGUGUACGUACUUCCGCCAGUUCCGAAGGGAUUGAUCCCACCGACUACGACAUGAUGAUGAACAUUCGGGAGGAAAAGGCGGCGGCAGCGCAAACGUCAGCAUCGUCGAACAAGGUGAAAAGCAAGCCGGACACGGGGUCGGCGCCGUUGUGCGGGAAGAAGAGGAGUCUGGACGAAAGAGAUGACAAUGAGGGUGAGGGUCGGCCAGCUCCUGUGGUACUAGUGAACACGCCUCCUUCGGCCCACGGCUGCUCGUUGCCUGCGGCGGAGGAACCUUCCGACGAUCUCAAGGCCGCGAAGAACACGAUAUCCGCAUUGGCGGAACUGCUGGAACAGGAAAAGGCCAAGCACGCCGCGGUGAAGGCCGAACUUGCGGCGUCGAAGCGGGCAGCAGGGAAGCAGCAGAAGGCGAACGUCGAGCUCGCCGCGGCCAAACAGAGAGCUGAAGCGGCAUUGGAGAAGAUGAGAGCCGAGCUCGCGGCGUUGAUAAAAUGUGGCGAAGGCGGAGCGGGAGAGCGUUGACGCCGAGAGGGCGACGGUGCGCUGAUGGCGUUCAAGUGCUGGAACGUGCGGCACGGUGAACUACCCCGGUGGCUUGGUCCUGCGGUUUGACAAUUAACUUACUAAUUAGUUGAUCUUUUGAACUGGAACAGUUCCGCGCGUUUGAGGUUUCUGUUGCUUGCUCCAACCUAUU